GCCCGCUCGGCCUCCGCGCACGGCAGGCGCGGCCGCGACGAGGCGAGCUGUGCGGGGCGGCGGGGCGGCCGCGCGGCCCCCCCGGCGGCAGCGAGGCGGUGGCGGGGACCGGCUCGCCCACCCGCCCCGUCGAUGGGAAAGGAGGAGCCUGGGCCGGCGGCGCGCAGGCGGGGGGGGCGCUGGCAGGAACUUCGGCGGGGCUGAGUCUGCGGCCCCGGGACGGCAUCGAGGGAAGCCCCGGGCAGCCGGCGGCGGCGGCAGCCUACUGCAGAGAGUUAUGUUUGUGGUCAGAGUUAAGGUGACAUCCAGCAUUUGGAGAGGAGGGCAUGGCAUGUGGGGUGAUAGGCUGUGGAUGUGAAUGAGGUUCUGUCAUCCGUGAUGGCGUCAGCUCUACCCAGAACCCUUGGGGAAUUGCAGCUGUAUCGAAUACUACAAAAAGCAAAUCUCUUAUUCUACUUCGAUGCCUUCAUUCAGCAGGGUGGCGAUGACGUCCAGCAGCUCUGUGAAGCAGGUGAAGAGGAGUUUUUGGAGAUAAUGGCUCUCGUAGGCAUGGCUAGCAAGCCGCUUCAUGUUCGAAGGCUGCAGAAGGCUUUGAGGGACUGGGUCACAAACCCUGGUCUUUUUAACCAGCCUCUCACCUCCUUACCAGUCAGCAGCAUUCCAAUAUAUAAGCUGCCGGAAGGGUCUCCUGCGUGGCUGGGGAUAUCCUGCAGCAGUUACGAAAGGAACAGCAGCACCAGAGAGCCUCACCUGAAGAUUCCCAAAUGUGCUGCCACGACAUGCGUGCAGAGUGUGGGCGCAAGCAAAUCCGAUGUGGUGGGGAACUUAUCGCUGCAGAGCGGCAGUGAACCGAGACUCUGGCAAGGACACCACACCACAGAGAGCGAACAUAGUCUUUCCCCGGCUGACCUUGGCUCUCCAGCUUCACCAAAGGAAAACAGUGAGACCCUGGAUGCUGCUGCUGCUCUGUCAGUUGCUGAAUGCGUAGAACGUAUGGUUCCCUCCCUGCCCAAAAGUGACUCCAAUGAAGUCAAGGAGUUACUGAAAACAAAUAAGAAACUGGCAAAGAUGAUUGGUCACAUCUUUGAGAUGAGUGACGAGGACCCUCACAAAGAGGAGGAGAUCAGGAAGUACAGUGCAAUAUAUGGCAGAUUUGACUCGAAAAGAAAGGAUGGCAAGCAUCUCACCCUCCACGAGCUAACAGUUAAUGAAGCAGCCGCUCAGCUGUGUGUAAAAGAUAACGCGUUGUUGACCAGGAGAGAUGAACUCUUCGCACUAGCUCGGCAAAUCUCUCGAGAAGUUACAUACAAGUAUACUUACAGGACCACCAAAUCUAAAUGUGGAGAAAGGGAUGAGCUGUCACCAAAGAGAAUCAAGAUAGAGGAUGGCUAUCCUGAUUUCCAGGACACAGUCCAGUCGCUCUAUCAGCAAGACAAAAUGCCACUCGCUUUGGCUAAAGGAAAGAGUGAAGACUCAACAGCUCUUAAUUCCCAGUCAGAAAAGGUGAUGGCAAAACAGAUGGAGUUUCUUUGCAACCAGGCUGCGUUAGAAAGACGUCUUUCCACAGGGUGUUACAGACAAAACUCAGAAGAGCACAGCCCCAAUGGCAUGUCAUUAGAUAAUGCUGAUGGACAAGGUGAAAGACCGCUGAAUCUCCGAAUGUCAAAUCUGCCAAGUAGACAGCUGCAGCACGUUUCACUUGAUGGAGAGCAGCAUGUUGGAAAACCUCUGUGCAGUGAUUUGAUCCGGCUUUACCCCAGUGGUGAGGCAAAGUCCCAGUCCUCGGAAGGCCUUGGUAUUUUAAAGGAUUUUCCUCAUUCGGCUUUUAACAACAUAGAAAGGAAGGUCAUAAAAACAGAACCUGAAGACACAAGAUAGUCAUUCUGCUCUGGAAAAUGGUGUCAUAGUAAAGAAUGAAACUUCACAAGAGAAAAAAAACCAGCCUUAAUAACCAGUGUUGCCUCAUUCAAAUAAGAGAUUUCAAUAGCCAAAGCCUAAGAACUGGUACAGUAAUCUGUGGAAACAGGAAAGCAAGAGACACUGCAAACUAAAACAGUAAUACAGGUGGAUAAACAUUCCUGUAAAAGUGGUUUUAUAACGUGGGAAGAUUCACAAAUUAAUAUUGUGGGUCUUCAUUAUUUAAGAAUGUAUUAUGUAUUUGUAUAACUUAUCAAAGUAAAUCUAGAUGUCGGGACGUGUAUUGAGUCCAGUAGAUGUGGCUACAGUUCAUUUUACUUGAAAUUUCAAUGUCUACUUUAAGUGUACCUAGCGUAGAUAUGGUUGUUAAACAUUUGAAUUAAAAAUCCUUGGAGAAUUAGGAAUGCGAACCUUGUGACACAAUUAACAGCAAGUUUGCAACUAUAUUUGUAGAAAAAAGGAAAAUGCAUAAAAUAUUUCAUGGUUUAAAAUGUUAUGUGGAUAUAGCAUAGACCUAGACCCUGAUUCUGUAUUAUAGCGGACGUACUUGACACUUAACUAUCGUUACAUCACUUUCAAUGGUUUCAGCAGCCUUUGUGUAACACACUUACAGCAUAAUACCUACCUACAGUUCAGGAGUGUAGAAAAUGCCAGUUAGAGUAUGGAAGAGUCCAUAUGAUUGGCUCCCAUUUUGCUGGGAAAAUCUUUGGUUUGAUAUACUGUAUAAUUACUAAAAUCUCAUUUGGUAGGAAACCCAAGAGACCAAGUAGCAUGGACAGGGCUGCAAAAAUUGUGAUUCAGACCAUUAUAACUUUUCGGACUUCUCUGUGGAUCUUAAAAGAGAAGGGGAAAGAAGAAAAAAAAAAAAAAAAAAAGCAAGCCUCCUAGGUGUGGCAAAGAUGAAAUAUGAUGCAGGAUUUGUGCAUCGGUGUAAAAGGUUGCACCUGAUAUCCAGAAACCAUAAUAUCUUUUGGAGGAGAGAGCCAAGGAGUUACGUCUUUAGCAUGUGACUCCUUAUUAAGUGCUGUCCAGCCCACAUGAUUCUAUGAAUAUACCGUAUACUGCAUACAGUAUGCCAAUACGUUUCUUUAUAUAUGUGAUUAAUUAACAUCUGUAUUCUUUAUUUAUUUGACAGUUUUUAUUUUUUGUACAUUUUCACUUUUGCAGAUGUCAUUUUAUCUAAGGAGAAAUAGUCGGCAUAUAACUUUGGAAUUUACCAUGGUGUGUUUGUGUGCAUCCAUUUUUCCUCUGCGCAACUCCCUCAAUAAGAGUUGCUUUCCUGCAGUCAAAAUAGUUAUAUGCCUCAGUUUCUGAAUACAGUUUUUGCCUACAAUGUGUUCUGGAGGAAAAAGGGAGGGCUGAAGAAAGUAAGUUACCAUGCCAGUGGGUAAACUUCCAUAUUCAGGUGUGCACUUCAUGUCUGCAGUUUGCUCUGUGUCAUAGAUGUGUAUUAACGAUUCAGUCACAGUCUAUGUUGUACUGAAAGGGUCAGCGAAAUGUGAGCUGAAAUGUCUACACUGCAGUCUCUUAUCACUGUAAACGUAUCUAAUUAUUUUAUCACUUUUGAUUUGUGGAACAAAGCUUUAUAGUAGAAACACCAGUAAACAACUUUUUAUACUAUUAAAAUGUUUGAUUUUUUAAAAAAAUGUUUCUUGAACUGUAUGGUACUGUUUCACUUACUGAAGUAUCUUACUUUAAGCAACGGAGUUUGCAGCUUUGCUGUUAGAAAUAAGAGAUUGAAUGUGUAGUUAUAUUUCCUCUUUCCUGUUGUGUGAGCUAGUAAUACGGAUAAGAUAUUUCUUCAGUUUGUAACGUUAGCCGGUGCCCUGGUUAGUAUCCGAGUAGCUUUCAUGAGAUGUGUAUGGAACUUGUUAAAGGACAGCUUAAGGUUUGCACUGUACUGGCAUGAUCAAAAGUUGUGCGUGGAUCACAGAAGAUGCUCUUAAGCUUGCUGGUCUCUUCAAUUAAAGUGAGAGGAAGGACAAAGAACUUGCUAAGCAGCACGCUAUUUCAGUUGAGUCCAGAAUUUAUUUUGUAAACACUAAUGUAUUAAAUUUGCUAUAAAUUAAAGUAUAUAACAGUUA